AUGGCGCGCUCAAACAACUCCCGGCGCUGCGCUGCGCUCUUGAAGGAAUUUAAGAAGGAAUCACCGUUUGAUUCUGCGCCGUCAAGCGGGUAUGAGGUCCAGUACUUACUGGAUGAGCUGUUCUGCGCACGGUUCUUGUACAAGCAGAUCUGCGUAGCAAUUGAUGCGUUCGAAACUUUCUUCGUGACAAACUGCCUCAUCGCUGCAGCCACCACUCUUUACGUUUACGACCGAUGCAUCAGCCUUGAUCAAGAAAUCGAGCUCGUCUGGCGGCGCAGACUCUCCGUGGCGACCAUUGUAUAUGUCCUCAUGCACGUAUCCUUAUUAGUCAAUAUCGUGACAAUCGUGGCGCUCCUUGUUGUUACGGGCUGCGAUCGGGUAUAUCCUCGGGAUUACCGGAAUAGCAUGUACAAUAACAUUUCGCUGGGCCAUAGGAGCUGGCAGAAGCUCAUUCAUUUAUACGCAGCUAUAUCAGCAUUGCGUGUCUACGCUAUCAAUGGCCGUGCAAUUGGGGUGCCCUCGGCCAUCAUCUUGCUAUUCUUGAUGUAUACUUCGUAUGAUUUUUAUAACGCAUGCAGCCUGUACAAGCUGAAAGCACCCCCGCCUGUCGGCUGCCUCAUCUUGACAAGCAUGCGCCCGACGGCUCAGCAUGCUGAUUGCGUCGAACGCCUCAGCGGAUUGAGAAUCGCCGGGAUUGUGUGCGCAAUCGUCGCCGAGGUGCUGGUUCUGGUAGCCACUUGGCGAGCAACCUACAAGGUUAGACAGAUGGUGAAUGACUCCAGCAUGAGGAGGUCGGUCAGUGGAUUGUUGCUUCGAGACGGUACAAUCUACUUUGGUAUGAUCGUUAUCCUCUUCAUCAUCGGCGCCAUAUUCGAAUACACAGUCGAAUCAUUGGAUAGACUGCAGGCCAUCUGCAUUACGCGCUUGUACGUCAACCUCCGUCACGCGGCAAGCUCCACGGGCCAUACGAGUCCGUCAGGCAUGUACGAAGUCGAGAUUUCGCGCGUCCUAGGCUCCCUCGACAGGUCGCUUGUCUUCGUGCCGUCAGACCUCUCCGCCAGUGAAGAGACGGACUCCCAUUAUACCCUGGACACGAUUGCGAGCAUGGGCGUCAAAUUUGACAAUGUUGAGAUGACGGACAUGGCGAAUCUCAGCUCUUCGUUCGACUACAACGUCACUCCCGCGCCACAGCUAGAAGCGGAGGUCGAGGUUGCGGCGGCCCAUGUAGUCACGGAUGAUACUGUAUUAAUACACAACGAGGUCUGA